AUGGAUGUCGUCGGUCUAGUGUCGGGAGGAAAAGACAGUUGCUACAACAUGAUGUGUGCAGUUGAUGCUGGUCAUCGCGUAGUGGCUUUGGCUAAUCUGCAUCCUGGUGAUCGUGGAGAACUCGAUUCAUACAUGUACCAGAGUGUUGGAGCCGAAGGAGUAUUGAUGAUAGCACAAGCAAUGGGCUUGCCGCUGUAUAGAAGAGAAAUCACGGGAUUACCAGUAAACAAGAACUACGAUUACUGUGUAUUGAAUGUAUGCGUUUCACUAAUAAAGAAACAUGUAGUCUUGCAGCCGACCACGGGUGAUGAGGUGGAGGAUCUCUACGAGCUGCUGAAUCGUGUCAAGAAGCAGCAUCCCAAUAUUGAAGGUGUAUCAGUUGGGGCUAUAUCAUCGUGCUAUCAAAAGCUGCGCGUGGAAAACGUUUGUAGGCGACUUAAUCUUCUUCCUCUCUGUUAUCUUUGGGAACGGGACCAGAACGAGUUGUUGCACGAAAUGCUCUCCAAAGGAUUGGAUGCUAUUCUAGUUAAGGUUGCUGCUAUUGGCCUUGACAGGACCUAUAUCGGAAGGAGGCUUUCCGAGGUCGAAUUGACGCUCAAUCGACUUCAUUCUCAAUUUGGUGUCCAUCCUUGUGGUGAAGGUGGAGAAUACGAAACAUUUGUUAUCAGUUGUCCGCUUUUCCAGAAACGAAUUAACGUUCUGGAUUCUGAGGUACUGCUACUUCAGUGA